UUUAUUGCGUCAGCUGCUUUUGAUAUGAACCUGCGCUGCAUGAUGCCGAGUAUAAAUAUCGGCCCUAACUUUGGUUUCGGACAUUGCAGUUUCAGUAUUUGCAACAUGAAGUUCUACGCUCUCUUUGCUUUUGUCCUGGCCUUAGUGGCGAUGGCUAUGGCCAUGCCUGAACCUCUGCCCGGUGGUGGCGGCGGCGGCGGUGGCGGUGGUGGUCUCACCUUUGAAGAACUCGGUGGAGGCGGCGGCGGCGGUGGUGGCGGCGGUCUCAACCUUGAACUUGGCGGAGGCGGUGGUGGUGGCGGCGGCGGUGGCAAGUAAAUCGCACAGCCAUCAACCGACAUAGUUUAACACAUUGUUAAUUGAUUUAACUGUUUGGCCCAAGGAUUUAGAACAAAUUAUUACUUUAAUAAAUCUAAUUUGAUAAACAAAAAAUAA